AAUUUGAAGGGAAAAUAGAAAGUUUAGAGCGACUCUUCUUGUUCUGCAAGUUUAAUGGCGUGAGAGAGUGUGUAGAGUACACCUACGGUUCGGUUCGGUUCGGUUCCCAGAAACCGUAUGAGAAUGUUGAAUCUUUGCAUGCUUCACCAACUCCUCUCAAAUUAAAACCCAAUAACCCAGAUAGAUAGAUAGAUGUAUGUGAUCUUGUUGUUUUUUCUUUUUCAAAUGCUAAUGCGAUUGUGAGUCCCUUCAUUUGAUUGUUCAACAAAGUCCUCCACUACCCUACCCACACGACGUCGUCUCGUUCUUAAUGGGUUAAUUUUCUUUUUCCGUUCUGAUUCUUCUGGGGCUCCACUGAGUGAGUGUGUUAGUUUUGUUUUUGUUUUGAAAAAAUGGCGAGAGAGACGAUAGACAAAGUGAGAGACCAUGGGGAACUGGAGGAGGAGCUAGAAUUGUUGCUGGAUGAGAUCCCUCACGCCACAUCACACAAUCUCCUUCGCCACCAUCAUCAUCAUCAUCAUCAUCAUCAUGGUGAUGACGACGAUGCCGUUUUCGUAACGAAACAGACACACCAUGGUCACGCUCAUGCUCAUGGUAUGUAUUACGAUGAUGACUUCAAAUCCCCUAUGAGUGGGUUUUCUCUGCAAUCUGACGGUUCUUCUUCGAGUUUGUUCUCGUCAUCGCCUCCGCCUUUCGAGGACCUCAAAUCCACCGUGGCUUCUAGAAGCUUCGAUUCUAAGAUCCCUGAUUUCACUGUGAAGAAGCUCAAUGAGUCUGAGAGGUUGGUUCAUGAACUAGGCCUCUGCGCCGAUUUCACUAAAAUGCACAUUGCUGAUAAUAACAAUAAUAAUAAUAAUAAUAGACGCCAUAAUCAGAAUGUGCUUCCGUUUCGUGAUUUUGUCAAUCAUGUUGGCGGUGGCGGCGGUGGUGGGGACUGUAACGGUUUUGAGAAAGGGUUUAGUGAUUCUGUGGGGUUUCAUUCCCCUUUAACUACUAGGACAAGGAGUUCUAUCACUCAUGCUGCUGAAAUUAACACAGCAUUGCCAGGAUUGACUCAGGACUAUAAAAUGCCUAAUUUAUUUGGAUCGUCGCAGCAGCCGUGUGCCAGAUGGUGUGAACGUGACGGUAUGGUGGUCUCUCGAUUGAAUGGAUUCAGUGCUGGUUCAGUGGUUUCUCCUAGGCACCGCCUGAUGAACGACUACCAUUGUAGGGGAGGAACCAUGGUGCCGGAGCUUGUUGGUUCCUUGAGCUGGAAUCCAGCGUUUGAUGCUUCGCUUUAUGCGCAGAAAUAUGGAAUGAGUUUAUUCGAAGAAAGGGGGGUGUCAAGAUUGCCUAGCAAUUCUUCUUUUUGUACUAAUUUUAAGCCUUGUAUGAGUGUUCAGGAGUUGCUGCAGUAUGGCCUUUCUCAGCCUAAUAAUCCUAAUGCAAGAAGUGUGCCACUUUCGAAUGCUAGGACUAGGAUCCCCCAAGGAAAUCUAGAUGCUAUUACAAGUGAGGGGAGUUUCAUUAUACAAGGGGAAGGUUUAAAUUAUUUAGGGGUUAGUAGGGGUUCGGAUCCUCUAAGGUGUCAGCGUGAUGUGCAGCACAAAAGUGGCUUUGCUAAGCAGCAGCUACACAGGUCAGAGCUAGACAUCCGACACCAGGUUUUAGGAUAUGAAAAUCCUAGGAGUCCAAGGAACGCUUGCUCAUUCCCUUUGCUACCCAAGUAUAAUUCCCUAGCAGAAGCUCGAGGGUUGAUAUAUUUAAUAGCCAAAGAUCAGCAUGGCUGUAGAUUCCUGCAAAGAAUAUUUGACGAGGGUACACCGGAGGAUGUUCAAGUGAUAUUUAAUGAGAUAAUUGAUCAUGUUGCGGAACUUAUGAUGAAUCCUUUUGGCAAUUACCUAAUGCAGAAGUUGUUGGAUGUCUGUGAUGAAAAACAGAGAAUGCAGAUCAUACUCAUGGUGACCGAGGAGCCAGGGCAGCUUGUCAGAAUUUCGUUAAACAUUCACGGCACUCGUGUGGUACAGAAGCUGAUUGAGACUCUCAAAACUAGGCAGCAAAUUUCAUUAGUUGUAGCAGCUCUUGAACCAGGAUUCUUGGCCCUCAUCAAAGAUCUUAAUGGAAAUCAUGUGGUUCAGCACUGUUUACAAUGCCUAAGCAAUGAAGAUAACAAAUUCAUAUUUGUUGCUGCUGCAAAGUAUUGUGUUGACAUUGCAACUCAUCAACAUGGAUGUUGUGUUCUGCAAAGAUGCAUUGGUCAUUCUAGAGGGGAGCACAGAGAAAAACUGGUUGAAGAAAUAUCUGCUAAUGCACUUCUGCUAGCUCAAGAUCAAUUUGGAAAUUAUGUUGUUCAAUUUAUCUUGGACUUGAGGAUUCCUUCGGCCACUGCAACUUUAAGCUUGCAAUUUGAGCGUAAAUAUGUGCACCUGUCAAUGCAGAAGUUCGGCAGCCAUGUUGUUGAAAAAUGUCUUGCAGUAUUCAAUGAUGAGAAUCAAUCUAGAGUCAUUCAUGAACUGCUCUCUGCUCCUCACUUCGAACAGUUGCUUCAAGAUCCACAUGCAAAUUAUGUUAUUCAAUCAGCUCUUCGACAUUCUGAGGGCCAUGUGCAUAAUUUACUAGUCGAAGCCAUUGAGUCCCACAAAGCAAUUUCACGGAAUAGCCCAUAUUCCAAGAAGAUUUUCUCGCAGAAGCUUUUGAAGAAAUGAUGUAUAAUAUUCGCUCCUUAGCAAGAACUGUUAUUGUUCUGCAUUAAAAAUCAUUUUGGAGUUUACUACUGAACAAAUGCGUUGCGUGGUUAUUUAACUGUAAGUUGGGAUGCUAAUAACCAUACAAAGGAGUCAAUCUGUUUAGACUUGUUUAUCCUUCUGCUCAGCUAAUAUUUAAAAAAAAAAAAAAAGAAAAGUAGGGAAAAAGAAAGAGCAGACAAUUUUGCUCACAUUUAAAAUUUACUUUUGAAUGUACUAUUAUGUUGUCUUGUAUCUCAACUUCAUGAUAUUAUUAUCAUCCUGUUAAUUAUGGCAUUCUCACUGGCUGAGAAUGUACAGUGUAUAUUGUUUAGGACGAUUUGGUGUUACUGUAAAAUACUACGAGGAAUCUCUCAGAAUAAGUUUCCUUUGUCUUGUGCAAGGGAAUGAAUGACGCCAGUUGUUUAAUUGUAUUUACAAUUAUUAUAUUAUAAAUUCCCUGUUAUUAAUUUUAGAACCU